UACGCAGUCCUGCGCCCCCAGCCUCAGACCUCUCGGGCGAGCCCGGCGCAGCGCAGAUUAAAAAUCAAGAAAUAUAAACCAGAUGUAGCAGUUUCUUGACAUGGAGAACCAAGCCCAUAAUACGAUGGGAACUUCUCCUUGUGAGGCUGAGCUUCAGGAAUUAAUGGAACAAAUUGCCAUCAUGGUAAGCAACAAAGAAAUGGAUUGGGAAAGAAAGGUGCGGGCUUUGGAGACACGAUUAGAUCUUCGGGAUCAAGAAUUGGCAAAUGCACAAACUUGUUUGGAUCAGAAAGGUCAAGAGGUAGGGUUACUUCGACAGAAAUUGGACAGUCUGGAAAAAUGUAAUUUAGCAAUGACUCAGAAUUAUGAAGGACAACUACAAAGCCUAAAGGCUCAAUUUUCCAAACUAACAAAUAACUUUGAAAAACUGAGAUUACAUCAGAUGAAACAAAACAAAGUUCCACGAGAAGAAUUACCACACCUUAAAGAAGAAAUACCCUUUGAACUGAGCAAUUUGAACCAGAAAUUAGAGGAAUUUAGAGCAAAGUCAAGAGAAUGGGACAAGCAAGAGAUAUUAUAUCAGACUCAUCUGAUUUCUUUAGAUGCUCAACAAAAAUUAUUAUCUGAGAAGUGUAAUCAGUUUCAGAAACAGGCACAAAGUUACCAAACUCAACUAAAUGGUAAAAAACAGUGCUUAGAAGACAGCAGCUCUGAAAUUCCUCGUUUGAUAUGUGACCCAGAUUCCAAUUGUGAAAUCAAUGAAAGAGAUGAGUUCAUUAUUGAAAAACUGAAAUCAGCUGUAAGUGAGAUAGCACUAAGCAGGAAUAAAUUACAAGAUGAAAAUCAGAAGCUCUUGCAAGAACUGAAAAUGUACCAAAGACAGUGCCAGGCCAUGGAAGCAGGUCUCUCAGAGGUAAAAAGUGAGUUACAGUCACGUGAUGAUCUCUUGAGAAUUAUAGAAAUGGAACGAUUGCAAUUACACAGAGAAUUAUUAAAAAUAGGAGAGUGCCAAAAUGCUCAAGGAAAUAAAACAAGACUUGAAUCAUCUUAUUUGCCUUCUAUUAAAGAACCAGAAAGGAAAAUAAAAGAGCCGUUUUCAGUAAUGCAGGAUCAACCAAAUCAUGAAAAAGAAUUGAACAAGAUAAGAAGCCAGCUCCAACAGGAGGAAGAGUACCAUAACUCUGAGCAGGAAAGAAUGAGGAAUGAAAUCUCUGACCUAACAGAAGAGCUUCAUCAGAAGGAGAUCACUAUAGCAACUGUCACGAAGAAAGCUGCCCUUCUGGAAAAACAGUUAAAAAUGGAAUUAGAAAUAAAAGAAAAAAUGUUAGCAAAACAAAAGGUCUCAGAUAUGAAAUAUAAAGUUGUCAGAACUGAAAACACACAUCUAAAAGGAAUGAUGGGAGAUUUAGACCCCGGACAAUACAUGAGUAUGGACUUCACUAACAGGGAACAUUCAAGGCAUACAUCUAUUAAUAAACUGCAAUAUGAGAAUGAAAGGCUCCGAAAUGAUCUUGCAAAACUUCAUGUCAAUGGAAAAUCAACCUGGACUAAUCAAAACACCUAUGAAGAAACAGGAAGAUAUGCCUAUCAAAGCCAAAUAAAAGUGGAAAAAAAUGAAGAGAGACUUAGUCAUGAUUGUGAGCCAAAUAGAAGUACAACGGCUCCCUUGCCACCUUUGACAUUUCAAGCCAAAGAAAUGACAAGUCCUUUGGUUAGUGAUGAUGAAGUAUUCCCACUGUCUCCCCCAGAUAUGUCCUUCCCAGCAUCUUUGGCUGCACAGCAUUUCCUUCUGGAAGAAGAGAAACGAGCAAAAGAACUUGAAAAACUUCUAAACACACAUAUUGAUGAACUACAAAGACACACAGAAUUUACUCUUAAUAACUACUCCAAGCUAAAACAAAAUAGACACAUAUGAGCUUUUAAACUUUUUUAUUUGCUUCCCCCCACUCCAAGAAAAAAAGCUCUGGCAAAAUAUUUACAAAGCUGAUUAAUGAAACCAAGAAAUUCUGUUCUGUUUCCUUGAGUAAAUAAUUUCUGUAAGGCAGCUAGAAAAUAGUAAGUGUUUUGUUCGAUAAAGCUGUUUGCAUUUCUGCAUUAACAUGCUAAAUUGUCCUGCUGUAGAGUUACUAUAAAAUAAACAUGACUAUUCCAAAAUAGAUUUUUUUUCCAGUCUAAGGAAUAUUUUGGAAUUAAACAUGCAGUUUUUUUCCCCACUUGAAUCAUGUAUACUGAAAACCCAUUUCCUCGGCAACUACACAAAAUAAGAGAAAGGGAAGUGCUAUAUUCCAGAUACAAAUGACUCAAAGGCAGCUCAGUUGUACUGGUUUUGAAAACUCAAGGAUUUUAUAAAUAAAAAUAUUUAAGUAUUUCCAGUUAUGUAAACACUCUAAAAUUCUAUAAUUUUUUUUUUUAAAAAAGCUAUAGCUUUAUUGUUUUUACAUUCACCUUUAUAAUGUCUGUCUGUUUCAACACAAUGAAGGUACAUGGAAUGUGCAAUUUACAAACCUAAAAUAUAUGUGCCAAAAAUUAACGCUUUUUUGUUAGUACUAAUUACUUCAUGGACACGAACAAGAUAAAGGAAAUAUAAAGCAUUACUGUUGCCACAUUUUCCUUUGUAAUCACCUCUGUUUUUAAUACAAUAAAGGAAUGUAAAAUUCAA